GUUGAAAUGGCACAGCAAGAUAUUCAAAGGGACCAAACAAGAUUCUGCUGUUCGAUCUGUUUGGAUCUACUGAAGGAUCCUGGAACUAUUCCCUGUGGACACAACUACUGCAUGAACUGUAUUAAUGCCCACUGGGAUACAGAGGAUACAAAACAAGCUCACAGCUGCCCUCAGUGCAGACAGACCUUCACACCGAGGCCUGUCCUGGUGAAAAACACCAUGUUAGCAGAUUUAGUGGAGGAGCUGAACAAGACUGGACUCCAAGCUGCUCCUGCUGAUCACUGCUAUGCUGGACCUGAAGAUGUGGCCUGUGAUGUCUGCACUGGGAGAAAAAUGAAGGCAGUGAAGUCCUGUUUGGUCUGUCUGGCAUCUUACUGUGAGGAACACCUUCAGCCUCAUUAUGAUUCACCUCCAUUAAAGAAACACAAGCUGGUGGAGCCCUCCAAGAAGCUCCAGGAGAACAUCUGCUCUCGUCAUGAUGAGGUGAUGAAGAUGUUCUGCCGUACUGAUCAGCAGAGUAUCUGUUAUCUCUGCUGUGUGGAUGAACAUAAAGGCCACGACACAGUCUCAGCUGCAGCAGAAAGGACUGAGAGGCAGAGAGAGCUCGAGGUGAGUCGACUAAACAUCCAGCAGAGAAUCCAGGACAGAGAGAAAGAUGUGAAGCUGCUUCAACAGGAGGUGGAGGCCAUCAAUCAGUCUGCUGAUAAAACAGUGGAGCACAGUGAGAAGAUCUUCACUGAGCUGAUCCGUGUGAUCCAGAAAAGAAGCUCUGAUGUGAAGCAGCAGAUCAGAUCCCAGCAGGAAACUGAAGUGAGUCGAGUCAAAGAGCUUCAGGAGAAGCUGGAGCAGGAGAUCACUGAGCUGAAGAGGAAAAACGCUGAGCUGAAGCAGCUCUCACACACAGAGGAUCACAUCCAGUUUCUACACAACUACCCCUCACUGUCAGCACUCAGUGAGUCUACACACUCAUCCAGCAUCAAUAUCCGUCCUCUGAGAUACUUUGAGGAUGUGACAGCAGCUGUGUCAGAGCUCAGAGAGAAACUACAGGACAUCAUGAGAGAGGAACGGACAAACAUCUCACUGACAGUCACUGAAGUGGAUGUUUUACUGUCAGAUCCACCAGAGCCAAAGACCAGAGCUGAAUUCUUAAAAUAUUCACAGGAAAUUACACUGGAUCCAAACACAGCACACAAACAGCUGUUAUUAUCAGAGGGGAACAGAAAAGUAACAUUUCUGAGUGAGCAACUACUUUAUUCUAAUCAUCCCGACAGAUUUACUGCAGUGUGUCAGGUCCUGAGCAGAGAGAGUCUGACUGGACGUUGUUACUGGGAGGUGGAGAGGACAUGGAGAGGAGUUUAUGUAGCAGUCACAUAUAAGAACAUCAGCAGAGCAGGGAGAGGAAAUGAAUGUUGGUUUGGAUGUAAUGACAAAUCUUGGGCAUUAAAUUGCUUCAAAAAUAAUUACACAUUUUUAUACAACAACAUCCAAACUCCUGUCUCAGGUCCUCGGUCCUCCAGAGUAGGAGUGUACCUGGAUCACAGAGCAGGUAUUCUGUCCUUCUACAGCGUCUCUGAAACCAUGACUCUGCUCCACAGAGUCCAGACCACAUUCACUCAGCCGCUCUAUGCUGGAAUCUGGGUUCACUCACAUGGAAACACUGCUAAGUUUUGCAAACCCAAAUGUACUUUUUUAUAACUACCGUAUAUUGUAGUUGGCUUAAAUUUGUAUAUUAUUUUAUUACUAUUGUGUAUGUGUAAAUUUUCCCCGCAUCGCUGUUGUAGCAUUUCAGGACUGUCCAAGAUGAUUAUUAUUUAUAAAUAUUUUUUUUUCACGUGAAAGUAUAAAUGUAUCUGUGCUCUAAAUGCCUAUUAAAUGUAUCCAACAUGAAUUUAUGUAUUUGUAUUUGCGUAGUUUCUUUGGCUUCAGUUUCAUGGGCUGUAACAGAGAAAAUAUUAGACUGUCCUGUAUAAACUAUUUUUGUCAGUUUGUUGAGAAAGAAAUUUGCAUUAAUUUAAAUGAGUUUAU